GUCUGAACCUUUUCCGUUUAGCCACACUGUCCCUACUCAGAGACCUCACACCCAUUUUCAUUCCCCCCUCCCUUCUUUCUCUUUUCUCUUGUUUGGUCUCUAUUGCAAUCAUAUCAAGGAAGAAACUCUCUUGCUUGUUCACUCUGUAUUUUGCCCUUCAUUUCCUCAGAUCUAUUACCACCUUUUCCAUCUUCUAUUCUCCCUUCAUUGUUACAAGUUGUAAUCUUUUGGCGGUGUAAAGAAUGAGUAGUAAAGAAGAAUUUUUGAAGAUACAGAAAUGUGUUCUUAAAGUGAACAUACACUGUGAUGGGUGCAAGCAGAAAGUGAAGAAAAUCCUGCAGAAAAUUGAUGGGGUGUUUACGACUGAGAUAGAUGCAGAGCAGGGGAAGGUGACGGUUUCAGGGAAUGUGGACCCCAACGUUCUCAUCAAGAAGCUUUCAAAAUCAGGCAAAUAUGCCGAGCUCUGUGCUGCACCCAAGCCUAACAACAACCAAAACCAGAACAGCCAUCUCCCCAACCACUUCAACAAAAUGCAAAUCGACGUCAAAGGUGGUGGUGGCGGUGGCGGAGGAGGAAGCAACAACAAGGGUCAGCAGAACCAAAAGGGUGGAGGAAACAACCAGCAUCCACCCAAGGGGAGUGGUGGUGGUGGUCAGCAAGGAGCAAAUCCCCAUCAACAGCAGCAACAGCAGCAACAACAGCUACAGCAGCAGAUUCAGAGACAACAGCAGCUGCAGCAGCAGCUUCAGCAACUUCAGCAGAUGAAAGGAUUCCAAGAUCUGAAGCUUCCUCAAUUCAAGGACAUGAAGCCUCCCCCUCAUCAGAACCCAAACGCUGCUAAGCCUGCUAAGUUCGUCAUGCCUGAAGACGAGGAGGAUUUCACGGAUGACGAAUUAGACGAUGAGUUUGAUGAGGAUGAUGAGGACUAUGACGACGACGAAUUUGGCGAUGACAUGGACGCGCUUCCUCCUCCCAACAAGAUGAAGCAACCCCCAGGCCCCAUCAUGAUGAAUAAUGGGAGUCAUCCACAGUUCAUGAAUGCUCCCAAGGGGGGCGGCGCCGCUGCUGCUGGUGGUGGUGGUGGGCCUGUGGCUGUUCAAGUUCAAGGCAAUAAUAAUGGAGCAAAGAAGGGAGGAGGAGGGAACAAUCAUCAGAAUCAAGGGGGUAAACAAAACAAUGGAGGUGGUGCAGCGAUGGCGGAGGGUAAAAUGGGAAAUAACGGCGAGGGGAGUAAGAAUGGUAACAAUGGGAACGGGGGUAAAAAGGGAAAUCCAAUGGGAGGAGGGGGAGGUGGUGGAGGUGGUGUUCAAGGAAUGAAUUUCCAAGGCGGUCGGCCUCCAAUGGGCAUGGGCAUGGGCACGGGCACGGGCAUGGGUAUGGGUAUGGGUAUGGGUGGGCCCCCCAACAUGGGAGCCGUUCAAGGCCUCCCUGCUGGACCCUCAGGCUCAGGGCCAGGUAUCCCAGAUAUGAUGGCGGGAAACCCUUAUCAACAGCAACAAUACAUGGCAGCUAUGAUGAACGCACAACAACAACAACAACAACAACAACAAAGGGCAAUGGCAAUUCCAGUGGGAGGGAAUGAGAGAUUCCAACCAAUGAUGUAUGCAAGGCCUCCCCCUGCAGUCAAUUACAUGUACCCUCCUCCUCUUCCUCCUUACACAUACCCUCCUCCCGACCCUUACACCCAUUUUUUCAGCGAUGAGAAUACUUCUAGUUGCUCUCUUAUGUGACCUCCCCCCCUCCCCUUUUACUAAUAUUAUUAUACAACAAUGCCAAUUUUACUUUCUUUA